CUCCACGCUCUGACUCACGUAUGUGUGUGCUGGCAUGUGCCAGGUACUGCUGGCGCCACCAGCUGCAGGAGUUUCGGAAGCGGUUCCGGGUGGUGGCGCUGGACAUGCGUGGAUACAACGCCUCGGGUGCCCCCAGCGGGGAGAAGAGCUACGAGAUCCCGCUCUUGGUGGAGGAUGUGCGGGAGGUCAUCGAGAUGCUGGGUACCAAGGACAAGCAGGGCUCUGUCAAAGCCAUUGUGGUGGGACAUGACUGUGGGGGAGUCCUCGCCUGGGUGUUCACUGCCCAACACCCCAACCUGGUGGAGAAGCUGAUCCUCAUGAACACAACACACCCCUCUGCACUGAUCGGUGAUGCCCUGAGCCCCCGACUCCUCUCCAUUCCACCCCCUGUGCCCAGGCCCAGCAACAACAGGGCAGAGGCAGAGGCAGCAUCAGCCCCUCCAAGCAGCAGGAGUCCCAGUGGCUGGUGGGGCCUGGUGGCAUCUCAGCACAAGGGCUCCCCCCACACCUGAGAAACAGCCCCCAUCUUCCUACCCCAGCCUCUGGGCUGCAGCUCCUGAAGCAGGGAGACCUACA